AUGCCGCCGCCAGAAAAAGAGCAUCCCGCUCAGUCUCUCCUCGCCCGCGCCCACGAAUCCACCACCGCCGCCCAGAUCUUCCGCGAAAAGGUCCAAAAUCGACCUCUACUCCUCCGACCCUCCUCUCCUGACCCUGCCCAAAAUGUGCGCUCCCAACGACAAAAAGCACGACUAGAAAAAGCAAGGGCAAAUCGCAAAUCAAAGAAACCUCGUCCUCUGACCGCAAAGCAAAAACGAGAACUCGGUGUCUAUGAUAUACCAAAGGAACAGCGCAAAUUCGACAUCUAUGUGCCCAUCUGGAAGUUGUGGUGUGCAUAUAUGCGAGAGAUCCUGGGCAUGGAAAAGUCAAGAUACGUGAAUGCUGCUGCGGUGGGACCUUUGUUGGCUAGUGCGGACUAUCACGGUGCGAUGGUUGAUGUCGUCAGGUGUCGCUGUGUGGGAAGAGUAGGCAUCAAGGGAAUCGUUGUCAAGGAUACAAAGUUCACCAUGGAGAUCAUCACGCCCAAGAAUGAGCUCAAGACUGUGCCCAAGGAGUACACCGUCUUCAGGUUCGAAGUACCCUUUGCCGAACAAGACGACGAUGGUGAUAGUCAGAUGGUCGAAUCGCGAAGACCCUUCGUCUUUGAACUUCAUGGAACACAGUUCGAGAACAGACCUGCCGACCGUGCGAACAGGAAGUUCAAACAGCAUAUCGAUCCGGAUUUGUGA